AGAAACCAAAGCAGUGUAGAAUAGAAGAAACAGAGAACUGUGUUUGUGUGUUGUGUGUGUGAAAGAGAGAGAAAGAGAGAGAGAGAGAGUAAGAGAGAGAAACCCCAGAAAUCCGAACCUGUUUCUCACUCUAGUUCCUUCAUUCACACGUUUUUGAUCGGAACCUUUAAUUUCUGUGUUUUGAGGGUUCGAAACUUUUCCAGAUUGCACCCUUUUUUUCCACCGUUUGGUCCGUACAAUGGAACGGUACGGCCGGACUAACGAAGGGUCGCAGUCUGAUCCGACGCCGGAAUGGAACGUCGGUGGAGGAGAUACAACUCUUGAAGGGUAUGGAUUAGUUGGUGGUGAAUCGUAUCCUCAAAGACCUGAUGAAGCUGAUUGUAUCUAUUAUUUGAGGACAGGUUUUUGCGGUUAUGGUUCUCGGUGUCGGUUUAACCAUCCACGUGACCGUGGCGCGGUUAUUGGAGCUGCUAGGAUUGCAGGGGAGUAUCCUGAACGAGUUGGACAGCCAGUGUGCCAGUAUUAUAUGAGAACGGGAUCAUGCAAAUUUGGUGCAUCAUGCAAGUAUCACCAUCCUAGACAGGCAGCAGGCACUACUACCCCUGUCUCGCUAAAUUAUUAUGGAUAUCCAUUGCGAGUGGGUGAGAAAGAGUGUUCCUAUUAUGUGAAAACGGGACAAUGCAAGUUUGGUGCAACUUGUAAAUUCCAUCAUCCACAGCCUGCGGGUGUCCAAAUGCUACCACCGUCACCAGUUCCCCAAGUUUCACCUCUCCCUAUGCCAGUACCUUCACCAAUUUAUCAAACUGUACAGCCUCCGUCCGGUCCUUCAUCACAACAAUACGGUGUACUGGUUGCGAGGCCACCUUUGCUACCUGGCUCAUUAUUCCAGGGCCCCUAUGGACCUAUGGUAGUGUCCCCCACCAUGGUCCCCUUUCCAGGCUGGAGUCCUUAUCAGGCUCCAGGGGGAAGUCCUGUACUUCCUUCGAGUACUCCAUUGAGUGUUGGUUCAACUCAGCUUUAUGGGAUAACCCAGCUACCUUCACCAGCAACUGCUUAUACUGGACCUUAUCAAUCUUCUGGUUCCUCAACUGGUCCUUCCGGCAGUAUUCAAAAGGAUCACUCAUUACCCGAAAGGCCCGAUCAGCCAGAAUGUCAUCAUUACAUGAAAACAGGGGAGUGUAAAUUUGGUUCUUCAUGUAGAUACCAUCAUCCACCGGACACGGGUGCACCAAAAGGGAAUGUGAACCUUAGUCCUAUCGGUCUUCCUUUGCGCCCGGGGGCACAACCCUGCACUCAUUAUGCGCAGCGUGGAAUUUGUAAGUUUGGUCCGGCAUGCAAAUUUGAUCAUCCUAUGGGAUCCCUGAGUUAUAGUCCAUCUGCUUCUUCACUGGCCGAUAUGCCAGUUGCACCAUAUCCUGUGGGUUCCUCCAUCGCUACUCUUGCCCCAUCAUCCUCAUCAUCCGAGUUGCGGCCUGAACUUGCCUCAGGAUCCAGCAUGGAGUCUGCUUCAUCCAGAAUGUCAUCAUCAACGAGCACAUCGACUGCGUCAGUUGGCCUGACUUUGUCGACUGUUGGACCUGUUUCUCAAUCAAGUAUCCAGCCAUCUGCUCCAAGUUCCAGUUCUUUAGCAGCUCCCAGUGCCACCACAAGUAGCACUGUCUCUCACACCUCAAGCUAAGCAAUGUGAAUGUAUUUCCUCAUUAUCCCUCCAUUUUAUCACAGUUUUUCAAUUCGCCGUCUUUACUCAUGGAGGGGUCUCAAAUAGGUUUUAUAAUUUUUAAGUUAUCCCCCAGUUUGGGUCCAACACUCAUUGCACCAAUUAUCUUUGUGUUCAUAUAAUCUUUUUGUGGCCAUCCCUUUGUCUUGAAUAAAACCAUGGCCAACUUUGAGAAUUUUAGCAAAACAUACACGCACCUUGCUUUUCAAUAACUCAAAGAGAAUCUGCAAAUCCAUUAUGCACAUGUCCAUCCACAUGUCUAUUAUUUUUUUGUGCUUAUUUAUGCUUCAAUCUUUUUUGGUAUGAGAAAAAAAUUAUGUCUAGAACCCUGUUUUGCAUUUGGGAAUAAUACUCUAAUUCUGCUCAGAAGACCCUGUUUGCUACUGUUCCCAACAUAUCUAAAGGUUUACCGUGAAGAGAAGAAGUUAUCAGGAGACUACAAUGAGGUUUCACAUUGCUAUCUUUUUAUUAUUUUCAAUACACCAUGGUGUUGUGACAAGUAAAAUGCUUGACUUGUUGGUACUUAAAUUUAUUACAGAAUACAUAUAUGAAGAAACACAUUUAAAUUAACUCAUUUGAAUGUGUAAUAAUAUUUUUUUCUCCCUUUUUAUCGAUUUACUUGGUCAA